CUCCUCUCCUCCAUCCAAAAACUAAUAUUGCUCCACUCUCUUCUCUCUCUCCUCCCCAUUACCCAAUUCCACAAUAAUCCAAUUUCUCUCUGCUUUCUAGGGUUUUGAAAUUGGAACCAAAGCUAAAGCUGAUCACCUUCCUCUGAAUACACACAUACCCAGAUUUCAACAAUCAGGAAUCCAAUCCAGUCCAGUCCAAUCCAAUCCCACCUCACUUUUUCUUUUUACAGAGGAGAAUAUCGAGAAAGGGGGACAAAGGAACUCUCUUCCCAUCCAAGUGAUGGUCUUUGCUCUCCUCCCUAGGCUUUUCCUGUAGAGAGAGAAAAUGGGUUUCUAGAGAGAGAGAGAGAGAGCUCAACAUGUAGAGAGGAAUUGUGGGAGAAAAGAUAAUGUUGGCAAUGGAGAAAGAUUUUGAUGCUAAGUUGAAGAUUCAGGGGAAUUCUUCGAAUGGCGCCAACAGCAAUGUUCCGAGAUCCAAGAGCUUCGCUUUCAGGGCUCCCCAGGAGCAUUUCACCAUUCAAGACUUUGAAUUGGGCAAGAUCUAUGGCGUUGGUUCCUACUCCAAGGUUGUGAGGGCUAAGAAGAAGGACACGGGAACUGUCUAUGCAUUAAAGAUCAUGGACAAAAAAUUCAUCACCAAAGAAAAUAAAACAGCUUAUGUGAAGUUGGAACGUAUUGUUCUUGAUCAGCUGGAUCAUCCAGGAAUUGUGCGGCUAUUUUUUACAUUUCAAGAUUCCUUUUCAUUGUACAUGGCGCUUGAGUCCUGUGAAGGUGGAGAACUUUUUGAUCAAAUAACUAGGAAGGGUCGCCUCUCUGAGGAUGAAGCUUGCUUCUAUGCAGCAGAAGUUGUAGACGCCCUUGAGUACAUACACAGUAUGGGAUUGAUUCAUAGAGAUAUAAAGCCAGAGAACUUGCUACUUACAUCAGAGGGUAAUAUCAAGAUUGCUGAUUUUGGGAGUGUAAAGCCCAUGCAAGAUAGCCGAAUUACGGUUCUUCCGAAUGCAGCAUCAGAUGAUAAGGCCUGCACAUUUGUGGGGACAGCUGCCUAUGUUCCUCCCGAAGUCCUGAAUUCUUCUCCUGCAACUUUUGGAAAUGACCUCUGGGCACUUGGCUGCACCUUGUACCAAAUGCUUUCAGGAACUUCUCCUUUCAAAGAUGCAAGCGAGUGGCUUAUUUUCCAAAGAAUUAUAGCAAGAGAUAUUAGGUUUCCAAAUUAUUUUUCGGAGGAAGCUAAAGACCUUAUUAACCGGUUAUUGGAUUUAGAUCCCAGCAGGAGACCAGGUGCUGGGCCGGACGGUUAUGCUGCACUGAAGAUGCAUCCAUUUUUUAAGGGAGUUGACUGGAAAAAUGUACGAGGACAAACUCCUCCAAAACUUGCAUUAGAGACAGGGUCAGUUGAGGGUGAUAGCCGUGAUAACUCAUGGAACCCCACACACAUUGGAGAUGGUGCAGCAAAACAAAAUGAGGGUAACAGUGGUGCCACAUCUUCUUCCGAAGGAUCUGGUCAUGUAACUAGGCUCGCUUCAAUUGAUUCGUUUGAUUCAAAAUGGCAACAAUUCCUUGAGCCCGGGGAGUCCGUUCUUAUGAUCUCAAUGGUGAAGAAAAUUCAAAAGCUGACAAGCAAGAAGGUGCAGCUUAUCCUCACCAACAAGCCGAAACUGAUAUAUGUGGAUCCUGCAAAGCUAAUAGUGAAGGGAAAUAUAAUUUGGUCCGACAACUCUAAUGACUUGAGCAUCCAAGUCGCAAGUCCAUCACAGUUCAAGAUUUGUACGCCGAAAAAGGUACUACAAUUUGAGGAUGCCAAACAAAGAGCUUGGCAGUGGAAGAAGGCAAUUGAGGGGCUUCAAAAUAGGUGAAAUCCGUGCGUGGUUUUCAGAGUUUUUUUUUUUGGAUAUCAUCAUAGUGUGGAGGAACAAAGAUGUGCCCUGGGUAAUUAUUAUUUAAUGAAAGAGGUCGGCGUCUGCGGAUUCAUCUUUUUCAAGGUGCAAAGCUCCCGUCCCAUGCCUAGAACUAAGCAUGCGAUAAGGGUUUUUCGCCCGUUUCAUGCUCUGUGUGGCAUAAUUUUGUACUCUCUGAGGUCCUAAGUUGUAGGGUCUGUAAAGGGGUUGAGAUCAUUACUUGCAUAUUGUAUUUAAAAUUACAAUCCAGUUAAUGAAAUUUUAAAUAUCUUUGCAUUGAAA